UUAAACUCGAAACUUGGUGUAUAUGCUUUGUGUCGCGUCAUACUCAAUAUAACUUUGUCUACUUCGCGCUUCAUCCUCAUUUUGGUACUGGUUGUAAAAAGUAAAGCAAAGGCUUCUUAUUUGGACAGUUUGCAUUCGAUCGGCGUUCAUAAAGACCAUGAAUUGAAAAGAUUCAUAACUCAACAGCAAUUGUACAAGAAUAUCGUGUUUGCAACUUUCUUGAUCCUGCAAUAUGCCCUUGAUGUCUGGAACUACUUCAAUAUUGAUAUAAAUUCUGUUUGGAAAAUGUCUUUUCAUACAAUACUGGUUUCAGCUUAUCCUGCUAUAUAUUUGAUUAUCCUAAGAGAGAUUGUUGGUGUUUGUAUCCAUUUACAAGCAGCAUUUAAAUUGGUCAAUUCGAAGGUUGAUUCAUUGGUUAAUAACCAGUCAACAAAUCUGAAAUCAAUGAUUUGUUGUCGUCGUUAUUACAGCUAUGCUGUUAAGGCCACUAAAUCAGUUGAAAAUUAUUUUCGUUAUUUUGUUACCUUUUACUUUGUCAAAUACGCUUGUUAUAGCAUAAUGAAUAUCGUUGAUGCGUUCGGAGAUCGAUCAAUGCAUCUUUAUUGGGUACUUCACACUAUUAUUGACACUCUAUUGAUGAUCUAUUUAACUAUUAAUUUGAUCUCAGUCAAUUUAUUAUCUCGAGAAAGUUUGGAUAAUCUUUAUGAGCUUUCGUUCAAAAUGAAAAAAAUGGACAUGAAAUAUGAGAAUGAGAUUUUCAUUGGACGAGUUUUAUUCACUGAUGUUGGCUUUACUUUUGCGAACCUUUUCACCAUAAAUACUCAGUUCAUCGCCUCUAUGUUUACCUUAUCACUGACCAUAAUUCUGGCUUUAGCAAACUUCCUGUAUCAGUAAUUGUGAAUAUUUUACAACAAGCGGGGGUUUCGAGCAUAAGUUUCGUUCAUGGUUACUCGUCUGUAAAAAUAAUA